AUGGGCACAAAAAUAUCGAUUGACAAGCACGUUUCCACACUUGAAGACAUACUCGAGAUGUCACCGAGCUAUUUCGACAAAAUCAAAUUUGAAUCGAAGAUCUCCCAAAAUAUUACACAGCAUUUGAAGAUUUGGAAAUUUAGUGAGGAUAAGCGAAAAUUUGAUAGUGUUAAAUCAACUCCUGUUUAAUUGCACAACUUGCAGCAAAGUGGAUUUUUCUUUUCUUCAGAGGAGGCAUAUCUAAUCCUAUUAGUUUACAAAAAUGGAUAUGAAGCUUAAAGUGACUUAGUCUCAUUUCCACACAGUCUAUGGGGAGUAGUAUAGUCAGCUGAAAAUUUAACGCCAAGAGGGUUAUUGAAUACUUUUUCAACAAACGAUGAUGAGAGUUUUCGCAAUCAUUAGUUUGACUCAUUUUUAUUAUCAAAAAGAAGAGAUAUGAAUGAGGACGAAGAGAUGAAAGAUGAAUCUAAGUAAAAAUCUAAUAAUUAAAGUCAACAGUUCAAGUACAUGAUUUUUGUGUGGAACGGAAAGUAAGCUGGUCCUCUUGUCAAAGCUACAGCAUUAACAAAAGGAUAUGAACUUGAUGAUCUAUUAAUAAAAGCAAAAGAUGCUGUACUUCAAGUAUUUUUCUCUGGUGGAGUAAUACGAGGCAAGAAAUUGUAGAGAAGUAACGUUUUGGUAUUUGAUGAUGUAAUUGACUCCAAGAAAAAUGACGGAAAUGAUAAAUAGUAAGAUAAUCCAAAUACCCCCUCUGCAGAAGAGAUUGUUAAGGCUUAUGAAACUGUAUAUCUUUUAAAAUGGUUAUUCCCCUAAAGUGUCAUUGAGGAUUAGAUCAAGAGUUCAUAGUAUGUAGAUUAUUUUAAGAAGCCUAAAUUUUAAAAUUUCUUAAACACUUUCAAGACUGCUCAGAAAUAGUUGGAUUAUUGGUCUAAGUUCGAUAAUAUAGAUAAAAUGCUAAAGGAUCUAGAUUUAUCAUCUGACAACGAAAAUAAUGUUGGUGGAAAUAAAAUCGGUAGUAAUUAGGCAUUUAAUGACAGUGAUUAUGAGGAAGAUGAUGAGAAUAUGAAUGAUAUUUCCGAUAGAAAUGUAUCAGAAGGACUAAUUAGCUAUUAAAACAAUUAGGAUAAAGGAGAGGAACAAAUGAACAACCAAGCUUAGCAAUAAAAACCAGCUGAGCAACUUAAAUAAAUGCUUGGAGGUGGUUUAAAACAGCCUGUACCUCCUAUUGGAAAGCUAAAUCUCGCUAAUAUUUCUUAAAAUAAAGAGUAAGAUGAAGUUAAGAAGCCUGAAAUGCAAAAAUAGACAAAUGUGCCAUCAUUAGGGUUAGGACAGAAAGGAAAAUUCAAUCUUGAUAUUUCUAAGGCAUAAAGAAUAAAAAAUUAAGAUGAAAAUGGGUAGGAUUCUUAAAGAGAGUUGAUUGAGUAAUAACAAAUUGAAAGGGAAAACCAAGAAAAAAUACAGAAAAAAACAGUUCCAGGUUUAAAAUUAGGAGGACCAGAAUUAUAACUAAAUAAACAAUAGGAAGCAUUACAAGCUCAGCACUAAAAUCAAGUGCCUACUAAGAAAAUGAGCCUUGGUUUAGGUUUAGAUAUAUCCAAAGCCCAGAACUAUCAACAGGAGUCACUUCUGAAGAAUGAGUAGAUUAUACAAAAAGCUAAAGAAAAUUAAAAUCCUCCAGAAAAUGAAGGACCAUAACUGCAGAUUAACAUCUCAAAUAUAAGUAAGCUUAGAGAAAUCUAAUAAGAUUAUCCCAUGGAAGAAGCUCCUGUUCAUAGAAGAGGACUAGAAGAGGAGUAGGCGAUGAAUGUAGAUUCAUAAAUAUCAAAGAAGAUUCUUUCAGUUUCAUCAAGAGGUGACACUGAAAAUUCCAGUCUAGAGUCUUCAAAUCGAGAUCUGAUUCCCCCUGAAUAACUCACUGAUGAGGACUUUGAUAUGAAAGGAACAUCAAGAAAGGAAUAUGAGAAUGAGUAUUACAAGAGGAUAUGCUCAGAGAUUAUAGAUGAAUUUUUAUUCUUGGGUAGUGAUAUAGUAGCUUAAGAUAAAGAAAUUUUGUAGAAGAAUGGAAUAACUCAUGUAAUUAAUUGUGCAGCUGAUUAUAGUGCUAAUUAUUACGACGGGGAGAUAAAGUAUAAAAAAUAUCACCUAAAAGAUCAUAUUAGAGAAAACAUCGAAUGUGUUUUCUAUGAUGCGAUGCAUUUUAUCGAUGAAGCAAGAAAAGAAAAUGGUAAAGUAUAUGUGCAUUGUGUUCAAGGAGUCUCUAGAAGUGCAACAAUAGUACUUGCUUAUCUCAUAUUCUCUUAGAAAAUGAACUAUUAAGAUGGGUUUAAUUACCUUAAAGAACGAAGGGCAAUCGCUAAUCCUAAUAUGACUUUCAUUGCUUAACUGAUACAGUUUUAUAAGAGGUUGUAUUCAGAAGCUUACGAAAGUUUGCCAGUAUCACCCAGAGUAUUUAUUAUGAUGGAAAAUCUAUAUCAAGGUAAGAACUCUAAAGUAUUAGAUCCAAGAGGCAUGUUUAUUAUUCAAGGCAGAGAAGUAAUAAAGAUUUGGAUAGGAUCAAUGAUCCCUUAAGCAAAUAUCGAACCUUACAAGCGAUACGCAGAAAAUUAUAUUAAAGUCCUUCAGAAAUAUGAAAGAGCUCCCUAAUAAUUCAGUUAUGUAAACCAAUUUGAGGAGGACACUUCUUUCUGGAAGUUAUUUAACCUUGAGCAAAAGCCCCAAAAGGACUAUGAAAACAUUGCAGAAUGGAAUACAAUAUUCCUUGAUGUAUUUAUAUCUAAUUAUGAUUAUAUAUUUUAGUUGGCAAAAGUAAAACAUUAAGACAAGAAAGCUCCAGUUGUAAUGCAAAUGUAAAACUAUAGAGAGAUUGUUUCUAAUGAGCAAAUAUUUAAGCCCAGAUUAUUUGUUUACCCUGAUACUCAGCAAUCUUCUACUGUCUUUGAUCUUGAUGAUUUAUCAGAAGAAAACUUCAUUUUGCUUUGUGUAAAGGCAAAACCUGAAGAGGGACUUGAGGAUGAGUUGCAUAUCUGGAGAGGACCUGACUUUGAAGAAGGAUAAUUGGAUAUCAAUCAAUUUAUAGACGAGGUUAUAAAGAAAUACUGGGGUGGCGAGAAAGAUCAAAGUGAGAUUGAAAGGAUAGAGCAAAUUCCUGGGGGUGAAGAAGACGAUUUCUUGAACUAUUUUGAUUGA